AUGGCGCCGGCCGCUACCUUUCAAGCACGCUCACGGAGACGCUUUCUACGGUCGGUGUUUACGUUGUGCGUGGAGCUCGGGGCAGGGUUCCUGCGUGACAUCACCAUGGACAAGUCACUUGAUGGUCCCACAAGAGGGCGUGGCUUAGACUUGCCCAGUUCACUGCCCAGGGGCUCGUAUAGGAGGACAUUUGUCUCCCUGGCUGUGAGUCAUUCUCUGAGCAGGCUCUCAGUUGGUAAGUAUUGGGGUGAGUGGUUGGAUAUAGUAAUAUUGUUUCUCUUAUUUCCUGUCUCUGGGGGUUUCAUGUUGUUGUCUGUGUCUCCAUAGUGAUUGUUUUUGUUGUGUGUCAGGUGGUCUCUGUAUUUUAUAUGUGUUUGUUUUGGGGGGAUUUUCCUAAAUAAUGUGUAUUUUAGGUUAUAAUCAAGGACUUCUUUUAUCUAUUCUAAGUAGUGGAGGGAGAAGAGGGAAUAAAAACUACAGUGAAAGAAAAUUAUUAUUUUUUUUUGGUCAGUUCUCAGAAAUAAUUCCAAUUAACAGGAGAAUAAUCACCAAAUAAAUUAAAUAUCUGCUCAAAAAAAUUAGUCUUUAAAACUCUGUAGACCAUUUAUGAAACAUAAAUGUGUACAAUAGAUUACUAUAAAAUGCCAUAAAUAAAUUGGUAUUUAUAUAGCGCCAACCUAUUUUAACAGCAUUUUACAAUAUUAUAAAAUGGGUAAAUUUAAUAAUAAAUGAACCAGUUAUUAAAUGUUACAGGAAUAAUAGGUUGGUGAGGACCAUGCUCAAACGAAAUUAAUCUUACAGUCUAGAGUUACUCAUGAAAAGGUUAAAUAGUAUUUCCUUACAAGAUUAUAUGGUGAGACCUGUUUCUAAGACCCAUGCAAAAUAAUAGAUCUGUUCUUGCAAUGACCUUUAAAUGAACACUCUAAGCACCAUAGCUGUUUGGUAAUUUGUUGAUUUUUUUUAAUUUUUUUAUUUUACCUGGGGUACACGUUCUCCCCACUUGCUGGGAGUAGUGAUGUCCCGAACUGUUCGCCGCGGACGGCAAACAUAUGCGGUAAAGUUUGACCCCGUACCUCACAGUCAGCAGACACAUUCCAGCCAAUCAGCAGCAGACCCUCCCACCUCCUGGACAGCAUCCAUUUUACAUUCAUUGUGAAGCUGCAUUCUUAGUGAGCUGUCCAGGAGGUGGGAGGGUCUAGGAGGGAGGGUCUGCUACUGAUUGGCUGGAAUUUGUCUGCUGACUGUGAGGUACAGGGUCAAAGUUUACCGCAUAUGUUCGCUGUCCGUGGCGAACCGUUCGGCGAACAGUUCGGGACAUCACUAGUGGGAGCUCUUUGCUCUGAGCUAAGCCAGUAGUGCAGGCCAGUGAAUAAACACUGGAUUUCACAUUUAAGGCCAAAGUAGUCAAUUUGGAAGCAUAUAAAUACAUCAUAAAGUGGAGCACAAAAGAGAAUUAAAAAAAAAUGAAUAAUAAUUAUAUGUAUAUACGUAUAUUGUCCCAAUUAUAUUUUAAUACAUACAAUUUAAUAGGUGGAGCUCUGAAAUAUCGCAAAUUUUCUGUAAAAUAAAAGAUAUAAAUAAAUAGUGCAAUAUGUCUGUAAAACACUGUGGAAUAAAAAUAAAGAGUAGUUCAACUCACAAUGCAAGAGUCGCACUGUUAUAUGACUCGAGUAGUAUGCUUCCUUGGACCAUUAGGGGUUGUCCGGACCCUUCUUUUUCAAGAUUCUUGGUGUUGCCCCUUAUACUUCUUAGUAGGUGACCCAAAGAAUGCCCGAUAUAGAAGCAAUCCUUUAAAAGUGGUUUUAUUUCUUCAGUAAAAAAAAAUAUUACAAUAUAAAAAGAAAGUGAAUAUAUCUGCCAGAUAAUUCUGGGUAAACUUGAUGGUCCAAUAAAAAAGUCAAAAUUCAAGAGUCCAAAACGCGUUUCGCCUGCUCAACAGGCUUCCUCAGUUGGCUGUGGUGUCAUCUGUAUGCUUCUGCCUUCGUUUAAAUAGCCCGCUCGCCGGUCUCAUUGGUUAUGUACAUCACUUCCGGGUUCCGUGUUGUUGGAACGCAACGUGCGUUCCAACGCCGAUUUAUUUUACUUCCGGGUUGCGUCUAGUUGGAACGCAACGUGCGUUCCAACGUUCGUUAACCAUCUUUUCUUUUCAUUUUCUAUCGUGUUCUGCAGCAGCUUCAUGUUACAAUAUAGAUCUUAUAGUUAUACGAAGCGUGAAUAGUUGUAACAAAAGAUGACAUUUAUAAAUAUAGGAUAUUAAAGAUGUUAUAAUAACAAAAUAUAAUAUGUAGCGUAAUACCAAUUUCUAUUAAUAAAGGGGAAAAAGAUAAUGUACCUUAAAAGUGUAGGUAAAGGGUAAAAUAUAUAUAAAUAGAAAAUAUGUUUUAAAAGAAAUUAAAAGAUAGCUGCAUAUUUAGUUUGUUUAAAAUAGGUGAUAAAAAUGUGUAAUAUUUCCUAAAAUAAUUACCUCCAUAAAAAUAUAUUAUUAAAUGGAAUAAAAUUAGUUCAUAAAGUGGCAUAAUUCAAAAUCAUUAUUCAACCCAUAUGGUGUCAUAGUAUUAAAAUGGAAUAUAAAUUUCAUUUCUUCUUUUCCUAUUUUUUUUUUAUAUAAUCCCCCCUCUCCAAUCUUUCCUUACUGAUUUAACAGCACAGAAGAACAUCCCUUCUGGAUUUUGUUGAUGCAUUGUUCUAAAAUGGUUUGAGACACUGUGGGAUUGAACGCCAUUCUUUAUAUUUCUCAUAUGUUCAGCUACCCUGAUAUUAAAAUUUCGGAUUGUACGGCCCACAUAUAGGAGAUUGCAUGGACAUUUUAAAACAUAAUCACUCCCUUGGAGUGACAAGUUAAAGGGUUUUUUAUUGAAAAUUUUUGAUUUAUAAACGGUUCCAGAUCUGUUAAAUGUCUUUUUUUUGCUUUUAGUAUUUUUGCAUGCUAGACAUUGCCCGCAUCCAUAGAAACCUUUAUUCAUUGAGAAAAUGUUUUUUUUUCGGUUAUUCUUUCUUUAUUACUACCUUGGACCAGAGUGUUUCUCAAAUUUUUGGCACCUCUAAAGAUUAUUUUAGGCUUUUCCAGCAAAAUAUUUUCAAGUACUGGAUCGUCUCUUAAAAUAUGCCAGUGUUUAUUCAUAAUUUUGUUAAUUUUUCUAUUUUUCUAUUAUUGCCAUUAUAAUUACAUUAUAAUUCUAUUGUUCCAAUUGAGAUCUUUUUUUUUUUUUUGUAUACUAACAGAUCAGUUCUCGGUAUUUGUUGGACGCUGUCUAAGGCUGUUUGUAGAGAGGUCUCUUCAUAUCCUUUCUGUAAGAAUUGAAUUUUAAUCUUAUUGGCUUGUUCUAAAUAGUCUUGAUCGUUUGUGCAAUUUCUUCUCAAUUAUAUUUUAGAAUAUGUUCCAUUGAGCAUGUAAACGAAGAAAAAGCAAACAAUAGUGACAUUCUUUGCAGCACUUUGUGAAUAUUGAAUAUCAAGGACUACCACUCCUAUCAUGUAUAGAAAUCCAUCACAAUUCAUAUACUGUGGUUAUAGACCGAUGAGGAGUGUAGUACAGCAUAUAAAAUGUAUUAAACACACAAAAAUAAAAUGUAAAUUAUAAAAGGUGUAAAAAGAGGCAAGAGAAUAUUAGCCUGGAUUUUAAAUCAGUCUGUAGAUGAAGUGUUCGUCUCUCCCGGGUAUACUUCACGUGCCAAACAGUCAGUCUCCGGGUUGGUGUAUUCCACUGGGCAUCAGAGUAUUUUGAUGGAAUUUGCUACAACCUCAGUCCUAAGCCGGAGGCGAAACGCGUAGACGUUUUAAAUACUAUUGCAUUUUAUUUGUCCACAUAAUGGAUAUCAAAUAUUGGAAUUAGUGACCUGUCUGUUGCCCAGUUGGGGUAUUUUAUUGUGUCUUCUGAUGUAAUUGAUAAUUUCUCUCUCUUUGCUGUGGGCUUUUUCUUACUGCAGUAUUAUUUUUUAACUUGGCUAACAUUGAUAUUAACAUCCCGUAAAAGCUAUUUGUUAUGAAAUAUUUUCCCCAAGACAGUCUAGAUUUAGGGGGAUAUUUUUCAAGGCAUAAACAUGUGCUAUUCUGGGGCAAAGAGCUAAAUAAAAAGCAAUUCCCAUAGAAACUAUUAGAAUGUGUCUCAACAUUUAGAACUUUUCACGUAAAAUAGCACCUGUUUUGAUAAAUUUCCAAAUCUUCAUUGUUUUCUUUGCUUUAAGAAGUUACAGUGCUAUCUUCAUCAGAAUUACAUUCAUUGACCUUUCCAGAUGCUGGAUCUUGGCUAAGAAACAUGCCAAGAAGUCUCUUAACCCACAAGUCUUGAAUCAUGGAUGAUUAACCAAUCCUCCAACAUGGCAUCCUUGGUAGGGGAUGGUAGACUUUCAGGAACCAUAGGAGCUGCCCACUUCAAUACUUGGGGACAGAAUGUUACCCUCUGUGUCACUUCUUAGAGUGUGAAUCUUUCGUUCCCAUGGUUUUUAAGGAUCCGUGCCAAGUUCAGCCUAAUGAAGUUUGUAUUUUUAUUAAUCCCUGCAAUCUAUUUAAACCUGGGAAGCAAACCUUUUUGAGAAUCAUUGAUUUAUUUUCUUAUGUGACUGAUUCAAAGCUUAUAUUAAUACAGCAAAAAAAAAAAAAAUGAAUUGAUGGGGUAUACAUACUUUCUCAUGUGAUUUACUGCCAGAGGUUCUUGUGAUACUUUUCUUCUGCUUUCAUAAUGUGCUAGAUGCGUCUGUGCUUUGGGUUUUGUAACUAUGAAACCUUUGCACAGAGGAAAAGCAAAAACAAAUUGUGUUUGCAAUACCCUUCUUGUUCGAAUGCAUAGCAUUCUUCCCCCUCAAAUAUUACAAAACCAGGUUUUAUGACGUGCUUAUUUAGUUUCCAAGUUUUAGUCUAUAAAGGUUAGAGAAUAAAUUAUGUGCUAGAAAAUUAGUUGUUGCCCAUUCUAAGCAUUCUCUAUUUUUGAUUUGAAGAGUUAAGCAUACAUGAAAAGUAUAUGUUCAGCCAUGUUGAGUUAUAGUGUGAUGGAUUCCUCCUUCAUUUCUAACAAUAGUUGCAGAAUCAGUCGUUUUGUCCAUGACCCCAUUCAGCUCAGUUAUUGAACAGUUCACAUUGCCAGACUGGUGCAUUUGUGUGCCUUGCAGGGACUGAGAUUCAACUCAAUGUAAUUGCGGCCUAGCAAGACUUGACCUAGAAGUGGUGGCCUACCUCCCUGUGGGGAAUCAAGCAGACGUUUUCCCCCCCUCUGGACCGGGGGGGGGGGGGAGGUUGCAGUCCAUACCGAUGGAGCUCUCUGCUGCUGCACUAGCUCAGUGCAAGCUACAGUUGCUGCACACAAAAUGGCGGCUAUAUUCACUCGAACCGCACCCAGACAUUGGAUGGAACAACCCAGCCCCACUAAGCAAACCUAGCGGCUGGAGCAGCUCCUUGAUAACAUCUGGGCCUCCCUGGUGGCGCAUUAAACGGCCUCAUUGUCUUAACCUUGUGAAGAGAUUUGGGGGAGCGGGUCCAGGUCGUUGGGGGAGUCUCCUCUGGGCAAUCACUCUUCUCCAGCGAAAGAAUCCACAAUUGCUAGCCCGCUCGGUCCUAGGGCCAAGGGGGCAAGACCCCGAGGAAUCACCCGCAAAGGCAGAGGACCUACAGCCAGCAACGAUAAAGAAACCUCAAGGUUGCUUUGUUUCCCUCCUCCAGGGCUGAACUUUCUCUGGGCUCUCAAGUCUGUGGCACUAAGGUUCAAACCUGUAAACCGGCCUGGGGCUUGAUUUGUGCCAAACUUAACAUCCAAGAAGCCGUUGCCACUCGGACCCUAGGCAUGCCUGCCUUAUGCUUCCCGGUCUUGGGUGUAGGCUGACUGAUUACUCACCUUCCAGGGAAGUUCCACUGCAUAACUAUUAGGAAAUCCCCAUCUGCACUACUAGCUGCCACGCUUCAUGAAGCCUUUUGUCCGUUAUUAUCUUGAUUAGCUAUGAGCUUUCUAUGCCUGUUUAUCAUGUAUUUUGUCUAUCUUUAUAGUUUGUUUCCCACUAUAUAUGGCUAGAUACAGCAACGUUCGAAUGAUUCCUGUCUCUAAUGUGAUUAUUCACAUUAUUUUUUAAUAAGCACAUGUCUGGAUACACUCUGAGUGUACCUUGAUUUCUCCUUCUACCCUAGACAUGUUUGACAUCUUGAGUACAUACUAUUGUUAAUGUCCGUGUCCACACUUAGGCUAAGUUAUUCAGCUAUUGUUGUGUCUAUUGUUAGGACAAGUCUGACCAUUCUGCUGAUACUUCACUCAUGAAUGUAGCCAAUGUAGGCCUAGCUUGUUUAUUUUUAUAUUAAAAAAAAAAAAGGAGUUUGUUAUUUGGUAUAACAACUGCAUCAUUGAUAUGUUAUAACUGCUUUAACUCUGAUUUAUUUAUUCUGUAAUACUGUUCUCUUGCCUCAAUAAAAGAAAUAAAAAAAAUUCAGCUUUUUCUUUGAAUAUUUAUUCUUUAAACUGAUGUUGUGUGGUAAAUCUCUUGGCCCUUUAGUGUUGUGUAAAGAAAAUAAAAAAAACUACCUGGUCGUUUCCUCUCCCAAUUCAAACGAGACGUUCUACAUCUUGUUUUAUUUCUUAUUCCAAGAACCAUUACCACUUCAUUGUUUUCAAGUGGUCAUAAUGCUUGGAAAAGUGCAUCAUUUUGGUUCAGAACACUCCACAUCCAGAUAUGCAGUACAUUACUACUUUGUUAAUAGCCAGUCCUGAGGAGGAUUAUGGGCUGGAUCGUUUUAAUUCUGUGCAUAUAUGAGCAUCUAUCAUCAGCAGGCAUAGCAUACUAGCAGCAAACAUGAUGCUUGAUAAGGGUAUCAUAUGGAUUAGUGGUAAUAUUAUAUCUAGGGACCAUGCAGGUCUUUAAUGGAAAAAUGACAUCUGGGAACGCUAGACACUAUAAUCGGUUCAAUGUGAUAUAGCAAUUACAGUGACUAUAGGGUCUCUUUAAAGGAACCCUGGGCACCAUAACAAGUUCGUCAAAAUUAAGUUAUUCUGCUGCCAGGAGACCCCUGGUGCUGGCUCACCUUUUGGGGUUAAACUGUUCUCGAAUGGUUUAACCUCAAAGUCUGUGUUCCAGCACCGGAUCUCUAUUCAUAAAACUGCCUUGACAAAAGAUAGGUUUUCGUUCAAGCCAGUUUUAUGAAUGGGAAUCCAUUUAUAACCUGAGAGCGUCAGCUGACCGCUCUAAGGCAAUCAGUGUGUCCGAGCCUUUUGGCUUCCAGACUUUGAGCAAGCGGAAGGGGAGAAGAGUAGGGACAGUGCGCCAACUCUAGACAUUAAAGUUAUUUUUAGUAGGUUAAAUAUUACUACAUUCUAAAUUUUUUGUCUUGCAGAUUCAAGAUUUGAAUUGUGA